AUGCAGGCCUUGGACUGCUUCCCAUCCCUCCACCUUCCUCUCCUCCUCCUCCUCUUCUGUAUUCUUCUCGCCGUUGCCUCCUCAAUUCCCAACUUCGAACCCGCCACCAUCGCCCGCCGCCAGCUUCAUAACCUCCCGGAAAACGGAGACCUCCCUGAAGACUUUGAGUUCAACGUCAAGAUCGACGUCCACAUAAAAAAUACUCGCCUCCGCCACGCCUACGUCGCCCUUCACGCCUGGAAACAAGCCUUAUAUUCUGACCCCUUCAACACAACAGGCAAUUGGGUUGGACCCGAUGUCUGCAACUACACCGGCGUCUUCUGCGCCCCCGCCCUCGAUGACCCCUUCGUCGACGUCGUCGCUGGCGUCGACCUCAAUGGCGCCGACCUAGCUGGCUACCUCCCCGCCGAGCUUGGCCUCCUCACCGACGUCGCACUUAUCCACAUAAACUCCAAUCGCUUCUGCGGCAUCAUUCCCAAGAGCUUAUCCCGCCUCUCCCUCCUCCACGAGUUGGACGCCAGCAACAACCGGUUCGUCGGUCCUUUCCCCUCCGCUGUUCUCUCCAUGCCCGCUCUCAAGUAUCUUGAUCUCCGGUACAACGACUUCGAGGGGCAUCUCCCCGCCGAGCUCUUUGAUAAGGCCCUCGAUGCGGUAUUUCUCAACGACAACCGCUUCCACUCUCCCAUCCCGGAAAACCUCGGCAGCUCUCCCGCUUCCGCUAUCAUCCUCGCCAACAACCAUUUCAUCGGGUGCAUCCCAAGGAGUGUAGGCAAUAUGUCUGGAAAACUUAAUGAAAUCCUCCUCCUUGGGAACGAACUCUCAGGCUGCCUACCGCCGGAGAUCGGUAAGCUUGCUAGUCUCACUGUUUUCGAUGCCAGCGGUAAUUUCUUCACUGGCUCUGUGCCCAAGACUUUCGCAGGCCUCAGCAGCGUCGAAGAGAUUAAUCUGGGUCGCAAUUUACUUAGUGGUGUUGUUCCCGCAGAGGUUUGCCGUCUGCCCAAACUUACGAAUUUUAGUUACUCCUUUAAUUUCUUCAAGGGCAAUGCCCCUGAGUGCUCAGCUAUCUCAAGGCCAGGCGUAGUUUUUGACGACAAAGGCAACUGUAUUGCCGAUCGGCCUGGGCAGAAGACGGCUAAGGAAUGCGAUCAUUUAGUAAGAAAGCCCGUCGACUGCAGCAAGUCUAAGUGCGCUGGUGGUUCCAGUACAAAACCCACCCCGAAGCCCAUUGCUCCCUUGCCGGAUACGCCAAAGCCUUCUCCGGCGAACCUAACGCCAGCUCCGGUUUCAGUAAAUCCUUCUCCCGCUCCCGUGGCUGAUAGCCCCACUUUGUCGCCGGAGAAACCUACACCUUCGCCAGAGCCCAGCUCGAGUCCGGUGACUGCCCCAUCUCCAACCCCAUCUCCAUCGCAAUCACCGACACCUGCACCAAAGCCUGUUAGUAGCUCGCCGCCGCAUGUGGAUGAUGCUCCAUCUCCUUUGCCUACGGAGGAGAUAUCAUCUCCACCAAUCUCCAUGCCGCCGACUCCACCCAGUUCACCGCCACCUACACCUCCCCCUUUGUUCUCAUCUCCUCCGCAACCAGUGCAUUCUCCUCCACCGCCGCCGACGGUCAAAUCCCCGCCUCCUCCGGUGCAUUCACUAACACCGCCAGCUGUUGUCAACUCCCCGCCACCUCCAGUGUACUCACCACCCCCACCACCCCCACCGGUGUACUCACCCCCACCCCCAUCAGUUGUCCACUCCCCACCACCUCCGAUUCACUUUCCACCCCAACCGGUAUACUCACCUCCACCAGCACCAGUCCACUCUCCUCCGCCACCACCAAGUCGCUCACCUCCUCAAUAUGUCUACUCCCCGCCACGUCCACCAUUAGCAUCGCCUCCACCGCAGCCAAUCAUCUCACCACCACCGCCAGCUUUGUCGCCUCCGGAAUUCCCUGAUAUUAUUCUCCCACCCGUCGGUGGAUAUAGCUACGCAUCUCCGCCACCACCAAUUUAUCCGGGCUACUAA